AUGGGUUAUCUAAAUCUUAGAGGCUCUUUGCUUCCAUUGCUCUGUCUGCACCUGCUCCUAUCACUAUUCAUCUCAUUGGCUACAGCAGACAUAGCCUCUGAGAAGCAAGCUCUCCUUGCUUUUUCCUCCGCAGUCUACCAUGGCAAGAAGCUCAACUGGGAUCAAAACAUCUCGCUGUGCUCAUGGCAUGGUGUAACAUGCGCAGAGGAUCGGUCACAUGUAUUUGCCCUUAGGGUACCAGCUGCUGGGCUGAUUGGUGCAAUUCCUCCAAAUACUCUUGGCAAGCUUGUCUCCCUUCAGGUGUUAAGCCUGAGGUCUAAUCGGUUGAGCGGAAGCAUUCCUUCUGAUGUCAUCUCACUCCCUUCUUUACGUUCCAUAUUUCUUCAGCAUAAUGAACUGUCAGGAGAUUUGCCUUCCUUUGUUUCUCCAGGCCUCAUCACCCUUGACCUUUCCUACAACUCCUUUACAGGGCAAAUGCCUACAAGCUUGCAAAAUCUUACUCAGUUAUCUAUCCUGAAUUUAGCAGAAAAUUCUUUGUCUGGACCUAUUCCUGAUCUCAAGCUUCCAAGCUUAAGACAAUUAAAUUUGAGCAGUAAUGAGCUGAAUGGCUCAAUUCCUCCCUUCCUCCAAGUAUUCUCAAAUAGUUCAUUCCUGGGGAAUCCUGGACUGUGUGGGCCUCCUCUAGCUGAAUGUUCUGUUCUUCCUUCGCCGACACCCUCAUUACCACCGUCGCAAACAUUGCCACGACAUGGAAAGAAAGUGGCUACUGGAUUUAUCAUUGCGGCUGCUGUUGGAGGCUUUGCUGUGUUUCUGCUAGCUGCUGUUGUUUUCACCGUGUGCUUUUCAAAGAGGAAGGAUAGGAAAGAAGCGGGAGCUGGUUACAAGAGCAAGGGAGCCGAUGGUGCAAGGAUUGACAAGCAUAAAGCGGAUGUGAGCAGUGGUGUCCAAAUGGCUGCCAAGAACAAGUUGGUUUUCUUGGAGGGAUGCAGUUACAACUUUGACUUGGAAGACUUACUGAGAGCUUCCGCAGAAGUCCUUGGCAAGGGGAGCUAUGGAACCGCCUACAAAGCUUUACUCGAGGAUGGCACUAUAGUAGUUGUCAAGAGGCUCAAGGAUGUUGUGGCAGGGAAGAAAGAAUUUGAGCAGCAGAUGGAGCUUAUCGGAAGGGUAGGCAAACAUGCAAACCUCGUGCCUCUGCGUGCUUACUACUACUCAAAGGAUGAAAAGCUUGUGGUUUAUGAAUUUGUUACUACUGGAAGCUUUUCAGCCAUGCUACACGGUAUUAAGGGCCUUGUGGAGAAGACCCCAUUGGACUGGAAUACGAGGAUGAAGAUCAUACUUGGAACAGCACAGGGCAUUGCACACAUCCAUGCAGAAGGAGGCCCCAAGCUUGCUCAUGGCAACAUCAAGUCCACCAACGUGCUCCUGGAUCAAGACCACAACCCUCACGUCUCAGACUACGGGAUGAGCACUCUGAUGAGCCUCCCGAUCAACACCUCCCGGGUGGUGGUCGGCUACCGCGCCCCAGAGACCUAUGAAUCCAGGAAAUUCACCUACAAGUCGGACGUCUACAGCUUCGGCGUGCUCCUCAUGGAGAUGCUGACCGGAAAGGCCCCCCUCCAGUCGCAGGGGCAGGAGGACGUGAUCGACCUGCCCAGGUGGGUGCAUUCCGUGGUCCGGGAGGAGUGGACCGCCGAGGUGUUCGACGUCACGCUGAUGAAGUACCACAACAUCGAGGAUGAGCUGGUGCAGAUGCUGCAGCUGGCCAUGGCCUGCACGUCGCGGUCCCCGGACCGGCGCCCCACGAUGGCAGAGGUGAUCAGGAUGAUCGAGGACCUCCGGCAGUUCACCGCUUCCGAGAGCUGCGCCUCUUCCAAUGAAAACCCCAGGGACUCCAACCCUCCAUCGGCGUAA